GACACUUUCUAAGUUACCAAACAGCCCCUUAGUCUCUUUGGCGUUUGAAAUGGGUUAGAGGAGAAGACUAGAAGAGACUGGGAAACGUAUUGAUGGGGUUGGUCAAUGGGGAGAAAAAUGCAAAAGGUACUGCCAGUAUACUCUGUUUUUGCCAUUUGUAAUAUAAAAUGGAGUCUCUCAAAAGAUAUGUGAUAAGUUAGAUUUCUUUCCUAUUGUACAUUUGAAAUGAUUAUCAUUCUCUGUUUCAUGGCCCUUAUUCUCUCUUCUCACUCAGCUAUACCCACUAACAUUUCUAUGCCUAUCUGCCCAGAAAGUUUCAGUUGCCCUGGUUUGGUCCCGUUCAAGUACCCGUUUUACAAUGUCAGAGACACUCGAUGUGGGUUGAUCAAGGUCAACUGUACAUCGAAAGGAGGUGAGGUGCAAUUUGGAGGACGGUGGCAUGAGAUUGUUUGGAGGAAUUUUGAUUUUGAUCAUAAUCCUAAUCAUAUAUUCAUCCAUAACAGAACAUUUGAAGAUCUUGUGAAAAGUAAUAGCUGUGAGGCACUUAUGAAUACUUUCACUUUUCCAAGUCCAAGCCCUCUUUUGUAUUCCAUUUCAAUAAAUCCCAACAUCGCUCUCUUCAAAUGCACAAAAAUACUGAAUUCUGCUAAUCAAACAGAUGCUGAUUUUGACCCACAUUAUUACAUGAGCUACAACAGAUGCAAUGAUCGCAACUUCUACUACAAGUAUGGGGAUGAAACAUUUCCAAGUGACCUCCCACAGACAUGUCAUGUAGUGCAGCUACCUGGGAAAUGGCCGUCUAGUCCAGGAAUCGAUGAAACCAACAUAUUUUCUCUUCUCUCUUCAAACAUCUCAAUUUUAUUUGAAUUGUCACCUCAUUGUAUUGAAUGUCAGAAAAAAGGCCGCGUGUGUAAUACUACUGAAAAUGGAAAUGAUGUUCAGUGUUUAGACGUCAAAUGGGUAAGCCCAAGCAAGGAACGAACACAGCUGGAAAAACAUAACAGUCAUAAGACGAUUAAGAUUCUGGUUAUCGCUGGGUCAGCCUUAAUUCUCAUACUGGCUUUGGUCAUCUUCAUAAUCUUGCCUCAGUUUCUUCGGGUAGAAAAAAGGAAAACUGGAUGGAGAAAAAAGGCCAAAUACAAUGUCAAAUUUGAAAUGUUUCUAAAGAAUCAUGAAUUCCUAGCUCCAAAAAGGUUCUCUUAUGCACAAGUUGAGAAGAUGACAAACUCCUUUAAGUUCGAAUUAGGCCAAGGUGGUUUCGGCACUGUGUAUAAAGGAGCGCUAGGAAACCAAAACCUAGUAGCGGUGAAGAUUUUAAGUGAACUUAAAGGUGAUGGGGAAGAUUUCAUUAAUGAAGUGGCUAGUGUUGGCAGGACUUCCCAUGUUAAUAUUGUAAGUCUUAUUGGAUUUUGUUUGGAGGGUCGUAAAAAAGCUUUAAUCUAUGAAUUCAUGCCUAAUGGUUCCUUAGAGAGGUUCAUAUACAAUCGUGAUUCAUCGAAUAGUAGCCAUCUUGGGUGGGAAAAGUUGCACCAGAUUGCCAUUGGGAUUGCUCGAGGUCUAGAAUACUUGCAUAGGGGUUGUGGCACAAGGAUAUUACAUUUUGACAUAAAGCCACAUAAUAUUCUAUUGGAUAAUGAUUUUUGUCCUAAGAUAUCCGACUUUGGGCUAGCUAAGUUGUUCCGAGAGAAAGAAAGCAAGAUAUCCAUGUCCCGUAUGAGAGGAACACCUGGUUAUAUUGCUCCCGAACUUUUUUCUAGGAACUUUGGACAGGUUUCCCACAAAUCAGAUGUUUAUAGUUAUGGAAUGAUGAUUCUAGAAAUGGUUGGAGGGAGAAAAAAUAUUGAGGUUGGAGUUGAUCAUACAAGUGAGAUAUACUUUCCUCACUGGAUAUAUAAGAAGGUUGAAUUGCAUGAAGACCAACUUGGACUGACCGAGAUUGUUACUGAUGAAGAAAAUAGGAUUGCAAAGAAGAUGAUUAUUGUGGGCUUGUGGUGCAUACAAACUAGCCCCUUUAUCCGACCAACAAUCACUAGGGUCUUGGAAAUGUUAGAAGGGGAGUUAGAAUCAUUGGAAAUCCCUCCCAAACCUUAUCUAUCUUCUCCACCAAGAUCCUCAUCUUCAGUGUAGUUACAAUCACUAGCCCCUUUAAGAUUGUUCUUGUCUUGACACUCUGUAAUAUUUUGUAAUUUAAUUAUUGCUACGUUUAAAAUUAAAUCCUAAUAACUACUGAUGGGAUGUUUCUAUUAAGUAGUGCACGUAUAUAUCAAG